CAUUAGAGAAGGGGGGCGUGUGGGACGUUCAGAUAUCCUGCGAGCUUAAACCGAAACGGCACCAGGCUGUCCGCAUCGUCGUCUUUAAGUUGCAAGUCAACCGGUGUGCGUUUGAGAAGAAGGCAAACAUGUCGUGGGCAAGCUACGUGGAAAACCUGAUGUCGGACGGAUCGUGCCAGGACGCCGCCAUUGUUGGGUGCACCGCGGAGGCUAAAUACGUUUGGGGAGCGCAGGAAGGGGGAACAUUCGCAAACAUCACGCCCACAGAAAUCGAUGUGCUUGUAGGCAAAGACCGACAGAGUUUCUUCACCAAUGGCCUGACUUUAGGUUCAAAGAAGUGCUCUGUUAUUCGGGACAAUCUGACAACGGAGGGUGACUGGACGAUGGACAUCAGGACAAAAAGUCAAGGAGGAGAGCCGACCUACAACAUCGCUGUUGGCAAAGCAACCAAAACAUUGAUUAUGGUCAAGGGCAAGGAAGGUAUCCAUGGAGGGCAGCUCAACAAGAAAACGUAUACCAUGGCUGAAUACCUGAGGAGAUCUGGAUAUUAAUACACCCUCCAACAUAGCUGCUCAUUCUUAUCACCGCUAACCUCUUUCAAUGAGAUUUGCUCCAUUUAUUGGAUUCAAAAUCUACCUUUAUUUCUGUACCCCCCCCCGCCCCCCCCCGUAUUCAAUAGUGUUUGGCACUACAGUUUCAUUGUGAAACAACAUGGUAAAACAUUGGCGUAAAGACUUCAUCUUGGGUGUUUAGUUAAUUAUCAAGGGCGAAAGGUCGAUUUGUAUGCAUAUCUGAAAUCUUGUUGAAGGCACACUAGUUUAGGGUAGACAACACAUUCAAUGAACAGGAAUGGUUAAAUAUGGCACCUGCACUAACACAUUUCUGGUUUCCUCAUAGCCGGUCAUUUAUAUAAUCUGAUUAGUUGGGUUUGUUUAUUGGAAUUUGGGCUGCAGGUAACAUUUUUAUUAGUUUUUCUUCCCCUAUCAGCUGUGUCGGUCUUGUUUUAAAUCUUAAUGGUCAACUGUAUGCAUAUUUUCAAACUUAUGUAAUAGACCUAGUUGGGGUGGACCACAUUUAUUGGAUAAAACAGUAAAUAUGAUGUCAGCACUUAGAAAAUGUGAACAAAUUUGGGUUAAAGAGUUAUAAUCCGGCUCUACCAGAACGAUUUAAAAAUCAUUCCCCUUUUUGAAUGUCUAUUAGGAGAUAUAGUUGACCAUUGGUUUAUGGGUUGCAGAGAAUUAUUUUUUUUUUCCCCCGUUAGCCCUGACUUUCUAGAUUAAAACUGCAAAAAGACAACCGUGUUUAUAUAUGGCUUUAAGCCUAUUAAAUAGACACUAGUCAGGGUGGACUACAUGAUUAAUGGAUUUAAAAAAAACUAAUGUCAUCUUAUCAAUUUAAAUAUAAAAAUUUAUGAGAACCCAUCUUCUUGUUUUUCAUUUGGUGCUUUUGGCACUACCUGGCUUAUUCUUUCCAUUUAUCGCAAACAUCCAUUGAUUUAGGAUUUUUAGUGUUCUAGUUGGGUGACCAUUGGGAUUUUUGAGUAUUGUUAACCAUUAGCCCAAGAGGUCGACUGUAUUUGAGCCUAUUGAAUGUAUCCUAGUCAUGGUGGAACAUGUUUAACAUUGAAAAAAAAACUACACCUAAAGUCCAUUUCAUCAAAGCAUUAACACUAAAAUAUAUUUUAUUGUACUUUUUACACCCUUUAGCCCUCAUUUCUAGACCAAAUAUGUGCAAGCUUGAGCCCAAGUCAGUGUGGAUGCCUUAUUUAACUCUUUUUGUUCAUUUAAAUGUCGUCUACUCCUACAAAUAUCCAUUUUAUUUGAGUUACCCAAAGUUUGUCAUCUUCUUUUUGACGGUUUAGCACUACUUUGCUAUCACUAGCAUCCAUUAAUUGGGAUUUUAAGUCAAAUACUUGGGUAUACAUGAAGUUUUGAGCUGCAUUACAUUUAUACUACCAACAGCUUUCGUUUUUAGACCAAAUCUGGGAAUGUUUGUUUGCAUAAUUUUGAGCCUACUGAAUGGAUCCGAGCUAUGCUGGACAACAUAUUUAUUAGACAACACAAUUAAAUAUGGCGUCUGCUGGCGCUCAAGCUCUACCUGAAUGAUAAUAUUCCUUCCCUUCAUCAUGAACACCCAUUAAUCAGGAGGUUGAGUGCUAUACUCGGUUGCCAUUGGGCUACGGUAGCAUUUUAUUUUUAUUUUCUCUCCCCAUCAGCCACAGAAAUUGAAUGUUCAUGUACAUUCCUUCAUUGCACUUACUUAGCUAGCUUAUAUAAUAUGUAUUUUUAACUUUUCCAUUUCACAACCUGUUCUUCCCCAGUGUAUACGCUUGAGGUUUUGUCCGUCGGACCAAUAUUUGUCACUCCUUUGGGGUUUUUUACGCACUACCAAUGAAACAUUAGCGUCUGGUUUUGUCAGCUCUAUCAAGACUUGAAUUUACCGUACAUGGAAAACAAAAAUUAUAUAUUGCCUUCGAUUUGUCAAUGGUUAAACUGUCUGCUGUUUCAUCAAGUCCAAAUGUUGAAUAAGUGUGUGACACUCCAAUCAUAACGUGUGUCCUGUGCCAUAAUGUCGAGAGGAUCUGUUGUUAUCGUUGAUUCAAACAGCUUUCCGGAUGAUUCUGUGUCUCCUUUUUGUUCAGGGGGUUUUGGGAUCAACAAAUGUUCUGGGACGUUUGUCAAAACCUCUUCUUUUCCCCUCUACUUUUUCGUACAUCUUGGACACCGUCUGAUUUCAUACGCAUAAACCAAGAAAUGCCAUACAUUUAAUUUCACCACCUUGUUUACAGACAGAUUAAAUAAAUCUAUUCCAACCAAA